AUGGAAACUCCAAAAUCGAAUGAGUGCGAGCCGAUUGCCAUUGUUGGCAUGGGUUGCCGUCUUCCAGGUGGUGUUCAUGACAUUCCUGCAUUCUGGGAGUUCCUCCGGGACCAGAAGGAUGUCCAGGGGGAGUUUGCCGCGCCGCGCUUUUCAGCCCAGGGCUUCUAUCAUCCCAAUUUAGAUCGCCCUGGAACCGCUGUAGGCAGCAGUGGCUUCCUCUUGAAAGAGGAUCCGCGGCUCUUUGACCCGUCCUUCUUCGGGAUUAUUGAUGCCGAGGCGGAAACCAUGGACGCCUCGCAACGCAAGCUACUCGAAGUGACAUAUGAAGCAUUCGAGAAUGCGGGGGAGACGUGGGACAGUGUAUCCGGGGGUAGAAUCGGGGUCUUUGUGGGCGACAUCUCCCUCGACAAUUAUGUGUCCCAGACACGUGAUUGGGACUAUAGUGGCAAGUACUCGGCCAGUGGUGCCUUUCCUAACAUGCUGGCCAACCGCAUUCAUUACAUUUUCAACCUCCAAGGCCCGAGUCUGUUGAUAAACAGUGCAUGCGCCUCGUCCAUAUAUGCGCUUCACCUGGCCAUUACCGCUAUACGGAACGGGGAUUGCGAUUCGGCGAUUGUAGCAGGGUCGAAUUGGCUUAUGGACCCCAACAGCCACAUGGCCAUGGGAAAACUGGGCGCUCUGUCACCUUCCUCCAGGUGCCACACUUUCGAUGAGUCUGCAGAUGGGUAUGCACGCGGCGAAGGUUACGCAGCUCUCUAUUUAAAGACAGCCUCGCUUGCAAUGCAGGAUGCGUCUCCAAUCCGCGCGCUAAUCAGAGGCUGUGCAGUCAAUGCUAAUGGGCGUACGAAGGGUAUCACUAACCCCAGCGGCCGAGCACAAGAGGCCCUCAUCCGAGAAGCCUACAAGAAUGCAGGGGGGCUUGAUCCCGGCGAGACGACCUUCCUUGAGUGUCACGGAACGGGCACCCGUGUCGGUGACCCAAUCGAAGUGGCAGCAGCUGGGAAUGUGUUUGGGCCAUCUCGGUCCAAUGACCCUGAAGAUCGCCUGCCUAUAGGAUCUGUUAAGACUAAUGUGGGCCAUUUGGAAGGUGCAAGCGUUUUGCCAAGUAUCCUCAAGGUGGUCGCUUCCCUCGAGGCUGGGAAGAUCCCUGCAACCCUUGGCUUCCAGACUCCCAAUCCACGCAUCGACUUUGAUCAAGCCAAGGCUCGCGUCAUCAGUGAGUUAGAGUCAUGGCCAAAAGACCGACUUAAGCGGGCAAGUGUCACAUCGGCAGGCUUUGGAGGCACCAACGGCCAUUGCAUCAUCGACCACGUCCACAAUGCCAUUCCGGAGUAUGUGAAGCCCGGCAUCGUCGACAAGCAGACUGAGACGUCAAAUGAUACCAAUGGACAUGUAAUAACGAGCACCAAUGACAACAAUAAAACCAAUGAAGCCACCUCAGAAGCGCAGUUUGCGCUGCACCGUCCAAUAAUCGAUUCUCCGACAAUGGUCAGACGGGCCGAUGCUACCACUCGCCAGAUGGUGGUUCUUCCCUUCUCCGCGCAUAAUCAGUCUUCUCUAAAAGCGAACAUGGAGGCGCUGCACAAUUCCCUUCCUCAUAAUUCACUGGCAGAUGUGGCGUACACUCUCGCAUCUAAACGAUCCCGCUUCUCGCAGCGAGCCUUCUCGAUUGUUGACAAAGACCAGGUCGUCCGGGGCGGACAGGUCACGGACAAUGAACCCAAGGUAUUUGUUUCGCCCCGUCAAGUAAAUGUCGGUUUUAUUUUCACAGGACAAGGUUCCCAAUGGCCUGCCAUGGGAGCGGAAAUGUUCGAGUACGCCGUCUUCAGAGAUGUCAUCGCAUACCUCGAUACCGUGCUGGCAAUGUUGCCCGAGCCCGCCUCAUGGAAGGUUGCAGACAUUCUAUGUGGCAAAUGCGAUAAGGAUCUCAUUCACAAGCCUGGGGUGUCUCAGACAGCAUGUACCGCGCUACAAAUUGGACUUGUUGACCUGUUGGCAUCAUGGUCGGUCCGCCCUGCGGGGGUAGUGGGUCAUUCAUCAGGCGAAAUGGCUGCUGCGUAUGCCGCCGGUCGGAUCACAGCCGCAGAGGCCAUCACCAUUGCUUACUACCGUGGAUACAUUGUCUCAUUCAACCAACAACAGGGCGCUAUGUUGGCCGUGGGAUUUGGGGCAGAGCAGGGGGCCGAGUACAUCAAACGCGCUGGGCUCGGGGAUAGAGUCAAGGUAGCGGCCAUCAACUCUCCGGUCAGCAUCACCAUGUCCGGUGACGCUGAUGCUAUCGGAAAACUGAGUGUCCAGCUCACCCAAGAGGCUGUCUUCAACCGGCAACUUCGGACCGGUGGGAUUGCCUAUCACUCACACCAUAUGCAGUUACUUGGGCACGAUUACGCUCAGGCCAUUGAUGAUGCAUUGCACCAUCUUGCCAGCGUAGGAAUGAUUGAUACUGCCCACAAAUAUUCCAACGUCCCCUGGGUUUCUUCGGUGGUGCCACAUAAAAACACAUCCAUGCCUCGGGAUGAAGUGACCGAUUUGUAUUGGCAGGCAAAUCUGGAGUCACCCGUGCGAUUUACCGAUGCCGCCUCCAGGCUUCUAGAUACAGAUGACCUGAGCAUUGGCGUCAUUGUGGAGAUUGGUCCUCAUCCAGCGCUGAAAGGCCCUUUGGGGCAGAUCGCCAAAAGCUUGGGGCGCACGGUUCCUCAUGUUGCUUCUGUAGAGAGAAGUCAGGAUGCUCGCCGCUCGCUACUUGGGCUCGCCGGAACGCUAUUUGCCCUCAAUGCAGAGGUCGAUUUGGUGGCAGUCAACGCCGUUGAUGAAUCACUUGGAGCACAACGAGCGCUCGUACAUGGCUGCAUGGCUAUUGAUCUGCCGCCCUACCGGUACUCCUAUGGACCUAUAAAGUACCACGAGAGCCGUUUGAGCAAGGAGUACCGUCACCGACGCUGGCCCCGGCAUGAUCUGCUUGGAGCCCGGGUGCCAGGGACAACUCGGCUGCGUCCGCAAUGGCGAAACAUACUCCGCUUGAAAAGUCUGCCCUGGCUGAAUGACCACUGCAUGCCUCCUCACGUUUUGCACCCCGGAGCGGCACACAUCGUUAUGGCGAUGCUGGCAGCAGAACAGGCCUAUGCGGAGUUGCCCGAUGCGUUGCCCAUUGUUAGCUUAACCCUUCGUAACGUCUCAAUCAAGAAGACUUUAGUUGUCCCGCAAGACGAUAGGGGCAUUGAAAUCGUGCUUAGCAUGGAGCUAGAGGACGGUGCGACCGCCGCAUCUCCAGGAUGGGCAAGAUUUUCUAUCGCUUCAGUGGUAAAUGACUCCGAGCAGUGGACGGAGCACUGCGCAGGUAUGGUCAAGGUUGAGGCCGCUACCUUCAACGCGCCUACUCCCAUUGACACAAGUACCAUGGAUGGACGUGCGGUGAAUGAACAGGCUUGGCAAACUCGCGUAGCCGAUAUGGGCCUCCACUUUGGGCCUUCGUUCCAAGGAUAUUCAGAUAUCUGGGCUGACCCUUAUAGCAACGUGGCAGUGGCCAAGCUAUCCUUGAAUACCACAUCAGGCAUGUUUCCUGGAGGCGAGUCGAGCUAUCCCAUCCACCCCACCUCCUUGGAUCGGGCUAUCCGCCUGGGUCUCAUGGCCUGUAAUGGCGGACAGGCGGAAACGGCUAGCGUCCAGUUGCCCAUUCAUUUCGACCAGAUGCGGUUCAAGCUCGGCUGCCUCCAAGACCGCGACUGGAUUAGAGGGGUGUCGCGCGGUGAGCUGCGUGGACUACGUGGGGCUUACGCCCAGUUUCAAUUAUUAAAUGACUCUGGGGAAGCUAUUAUGGAUGUGGACAACAUGCGGUACACCAAUUUCAACGAGCAACAGUCCUCUGCAGAGGAUCUUUCUACAAAGGCGUAUUCCAGCCCUUAUGCGCGUCUUGUCUGGAGACCUGACAGUCGAACAUUAAGCCGGAACCAGUGGAGACAACUGCUUUCAUCUGUAGGCAAGUCUACUUCAUCUUCUCAGCUCUCAUACCUCUUCGACCUCCUGGGCCACGCCAACCCAGAACUACGGAUUCUGCAGCUCAACGCUGGGAGAGAUGACCGCAAUGCUGGCCAGACGGUACUAAAGGCCUUAGUCGGUCACAAUGGCAUUAAGAGCUACCGCGAAUACGUAGCAACAGACGUGUCUGCACCGCGGCUCGACUCCUUCCGUGAGACUACAUCAGAAUUCCGUAACGUCGAAUACGCCGUGUUGGAUAUGAAUCAAGAUCUUUCAGAGCAGGGAUUCCAGUUAGCGACCUACGACAUCAUCCUGUGGAGCAACGCGGAAAAUGUCUCAGCAACCGAGCAGGCCCUAACAAGCACCAAGAAGCUUCUCCAUCCUGGGGGACACCUUGUACUAGUGGACCACACCGAAAGUGGUGAUCUUGCAUGGAACCAAUGCCUUCUGCGCGCGGGAUUCGAGUCAGGGGCUAAGCUAAUUUGUCGCGAAGCUGACCCUUCCUCCACCAUAAUCCUGUCCACCUUGCCCGAGCCAGCGCCGACUUGCAAGAGCGGUAGUCCUGUGGUCCACCUAAUGCAUGGGUCUCAAGACACCCCUGCCCUUCUCCAUCAUCUCGCCCGGGCCAUGGAACAGCGAGGCCUAUCUGUCCAGAUUAGUCCUCUGGACCAAGUAGUUAAAAUUAUCGGCCCCAAUUCUCGCGUGGUGGCUUUCCUGGAUGGAGAGAACCUUCUGUUUGCCGCCGACCAACGUCGGCUGGGAAUAUUCCAGCAUCUAGCUGCAAAUACGGCGAGUAUGGUCUGGGUCACCUCUUGUGGCCUAGUGAAGGGCCGAAAUCCCGAUGGUGCAUUCGUCAGCGGAUUGCUUCGGACACUGGGAACUGAAAACCCGAGCGGGCAGUUUCUGUCCGUGGACAUUGAUGCGGAAGGCUUUCAAGUCCCUGCCGGCGAGAUGGACGAGCUGGUCCGAUGCCUAGUUGAACAGGAGCAUCUCCUGCAGCCCACUCUCAAUGACAACGGGCCUUCCGAAGUUAAUCGUGACAUGAUUUGGCAAGAUGGCUGCAUGUGGACGAGCCGGUUCGUGCCCGACGGGCAGCUGCAAGGCUAUGCUGAGGUAGCUCCCACCAGGCAAGAGAUUCCACUGGGCAGCCUUGGACCUGUACGGGCGGACUUCGAGACACCGGGAAUCCUCACUUCCCUCUACUUCCGUCCGUAUACGGAGCUUUUGCAACCUCUACCACGGGACUAUAUCGACGUCAAGGUAGAUGCUGUCGGGCUCAAUUGGAAAGACCUGGGCCUAUGUUCCGGCCGAUUCGAUGCGAACAACCUCUCUAACGAAUACUGCGGUACUGUCACCCAGGCAGGAGCUGAUGUUACUGGCGUCACCGUUGGUGACCGAGUCUAUGGCCUGGGCAAGGGGCACUUUGGCACCCAUACUCGUGUGCCUGCAGGCCUCGCACAAAAGCUGGCUGAGGACGUCAACCCAAUAGAGGCGGCCACUAUGCCGCUGGUGUACAUGACUGCGGUGUAUGCGUUCGAGCAUGUCACCCGUGUCAGGGCUGGACAAAAGGUACUAAUCCAAUCGGCUACGGGCGGCCUGGGGCUGGCAGCUAUUCAAGUGGCACGGUCCAAGGGGGCCGCCAUCUAUGCGACGGCCGGUACUCCAGACAAAGUUCAGUUCCUGACAGAUCACAUGGGUAUUCCGGCAUCGCAUAUCUUCUCCUCCCGCGACUUGACCAGUCUACAGCAUGCCAGUCAGCAGCAUGGAGGGUUCGAUGUCAUACUUAGUAACGUGCAGGGAGACAUGUUGUACGAGUCCGUAAAAGCCCUCGCCCCGUUGGGACAUUUGAUCGACGUUGGUCGCAUGGAUGUCACUAGCUCCCAAAGUAUCGGCCUGGAGCUCUUCCAAAAAAGUGCUGGAUUCACUUCAUUUGAUCUCGGUCUCGUUGUAGAGCGCGACCCUGUGCUUGGAGCCGAGCUGAUGCAGUCCGUCCACGCGCACUUCCGCGCUGGUCGCAUUGGACCCAUCAAGCCCUACCAAAUUGCAGACAUUGGGAACCUCGACCAGACCCUCCUCCAGCUCUCGCAAGGAACCCACAUCGGAAAGCGCGUCAUCACCUACCAAGACCCAUCUACUUUGCUGCGGACUCUCCCCACCUCAUCCGCGCCCCCGGCGCGUUUCGAUCCCGCCGCUCGCUACAUCCUCGUUGGCGGGCUGAGCGACCUAGGCCGCUCCAUCGUGCGGUGGAUGAGCAGCCGCGGUGCCCGCGACAUGGAGGUAUGGUCCCGCCGUGGUGCAAACAACCUAGCCCCCGAAGCAGAGCGUCUGAUCACCGAGCUGGCAGCCCAAGACAUCCGGGUCCAGCCCAUUGCCUGCGAUGUAGCCAACCGCGACGCCGUCAUGCACGCCAUGAAAGCUGCCCAUGCCGAUCCCGAACGACCUGUUCGCGGUGUCCUGCACUUCGCCGUCUCAUACCAAGACAUCCCAUUCGAUAAGAUGACCGAAUACAAAUUUCACCAAGGCAUGGCGGCCAAAGUCUUUGGCGUCCAGCACCUCCACGAGGCCACGAUCUCCAUUCCCCUCGACUUCUUCGCCAUGACCUCCUCCUUGGGCACAAUGUACGCCUUCCCAACUCAAGGCACGUACCUCGCUGCCAACAACUACCUUGAUUACUUUGGCCGCUACCGCCGCCGGUUGGGUCUCCCCGCCACCACCGUUGCCCUUGGCUUCAUCAACGACCUGGGCCCUUUGACCAACGACCCCGUCACUGUCAAACUCUUUGCUCGCGCUAAAGGUCAAAGUAUGACUGGAGCCCAGGUUGUACGUAUGCUCCAGCCAGCCUUUGUCAACAACCACUCCAACGCCGAAUGGCUCGGCCACAAUGAUGACCCCCUCUCUGCGUCUCACAUAGUAACCGGCAUUGACCCAGUCGUCCUCGCCAAGAUGGCCCAAUCUUCGUCUGCCUCCCUCGCCUCUUCCCCCACCCCCAGAUGGCACCAGGAUCCUCGUGUCUCCUUGAUGCUUCGUGCUGUAGAGGACGCCUCCUCCCUCAGUAACACGGACAUCAACGACACCGACGCGUCACCUACCGCCCAGUACAAACGGCAACUAAUGGCGGGGGGUGAAGGCUCUAAAGAAGGUGCGGGGACGCAGACCAUCGAGUUGGUGACUGAGGCUAUCCGGGCCAACGUGGCGAGCCUGUUGUUUGUAGAUGUAGGCAGUGUGAAUCCCGAGAAGACGGUGGCGGAGCAUGGUAUUGAUAGUUUGAUGGCGACAGAGUUCCGCAAUUGGUUUCAGGGAGCGUUCGGAAAGGGUGUGAGUAUGUUGGAAUUGAUGGAUGCGAAGAUGACUUUGGGGAGAUUGGCGAGGUGGGUGGUUGAGGGGACGCUGGGAGGGUGA